UUAAAAAGUGAGAAGCAUGAGCGCGCUGCUUUUUGCUGUCUCUUACUUCACAUUUCUUAUAUAAUGCAUCGGAAAGCGCAGAUUUUUUUCCGUUUGAAACCAUACCCUUAAAGACCCAGAAGCUCUGAUCUAUUUUUUAUCAUCCAAAAUCCCAGACUAAAUUGUUUGAAAUGCAUUUGGGUGUGAGAGAUGGAUAUUUGUCCCAUUUCAUUUUGAUUAAAUUUGCGGAUUUAAGCUUCAAGGAAUUUUUCUGUUUGGGUUCUGGGAUAGUGUAAUUCUUGAAAUUUCACAUGGGUUGACCUUAAAUUGUUAAUUUAUUGAACUGGAGACGGGUGGAUAUUUGGCUUCCUUAAAUUGUUAACUUUUUGUUCCUUCGCUUACUUUCCUGGCUUCCAAAGAUGCCUUUUGCCGCCCUCAGAAUUUUCAAUUUGUUAUGACAAAAGAUAGAAUAUGAUAUGAGCACAGAGAUUAGAUUGGUAAAUUUUGGAGUUCUGAAUGGAAUCUCUUCCGGAUAAAAUUGUUCAGUGCAUAUUGUCGCAUGUGAAGAAUGCCAAGGAUGUGGCACUUUGUACCUGUGUAUCAAGGCGAUGGAAGGACUCAUUACCUUAUAUCAAAAGCCUUUACUUCCCUCGCAACUCUUUUGACAACCACACUGGUAUCGAUCACCCCGAUGGCAUUGUGUUCAAGAUGAUAUCUUCCAUUUUCCAAUUAGAGGAGCUUGUUGUGUAUAGCCCUUUCUCAAGCACAGGGCUUGCCUCAUGGCUACUACUUGCAGGUUCAUCCCUCAAACAUCUUGAGCUUAGAAUGGACAAUCUUGCUGAAUACCAAACUUGCGUCGAAAGCCCCUCAAAAUUGGAUUGCAUCAGUGCUGCAAAGAAUUUGGAAUCCUUAAAGCUUUGGGGAGUCUUAAUGAUAAACUCUCCCAUGUGGAACACCUUUCUAAAACUUCAAAACCUGGAGAUUAUAGGUGCUAGAUUGGAAGAUCCUGCACUAUGUGCUGCUCUUCAGGCAUGUCCUAAUUUGAAAAACUUGCUACUACUUGGUUGUGAAGGAACAAGAUCUGUUUCAAUCGCGCUACCACAUUUGGAGAAGUGUAAGCUGGACUUUUGCGGCUUGGGUGACUGCUCACUUACAGUAACUUGCCCAAAAAUUGAACUCCUGGAGACACAAGGUUGUAGUUGGAUCAGGGUUCCUGAGACUAACUUCUUGAAGAAACUUUCAAUUUCCAAUAAUGCUGAUCUUGCAAAUGCGCUUUUAGGGAGAGUCUACAUGGUAGAUUUUGGAAAGCUUGCAGCUUUAGAUUUCUUGUCUAUUAGAGGAGUCCAGUGGUGUUGGGAUGCAAUAAGCAAGAUGCUUCAGUGGGCAAGAGAGGUCAAGCAUCUAUACAUGAAGGUUGAAUUUACAGGGGAUUUUGAUACCCUCCUUGAGCCCUUUCCAGAGACAGACAUUGUUGAUUUUUUUAAUAGCCAUCCCAAGCUGCAAGAGUUUGAUAUCCAUGGAGCAAUGUUUGCUGCUUUUUGCCAUAGGAACAGCCUGAAAAAUGUGGAGUCAGGCUUUGUGAUUCCUUGUCUGGAGAAGGUAGCUGUCACAAUCAGAUCACCAUUAAAUGCUGAACAGAAGAUGAGCACCCUUGAGUCACUGUUGAAAUAUGGGAGGAGUAUAAAGUCAAUGGUACUAAGGACUGCUCAAAUGAAGAGCAACCAUAGCAAUGCAGAUGAUUUCUAUGAUGAUAUCUGCACGUUUCAACGCAUGAAUAGCGAGAUUGUCCGAAUAGAAUAAAUCUUACAUGGUAUGGCCAGCAAGUCGCUCUCUUAUGUACUUUACAGUAGUUAGUGAGACAAAAUUAAGUGAGACAAUUACCACACAAAAUGGUGACCUGCAGGCUGCAGCCAUGCUUGCCAUUCUCUUUAGGCAAGCAACCUCUUACUCCCAUUGCAUGCUUCGUUUUGUACCUUGAAUGGUGUGGAUGAUAGUAGGAGCUGCUGCACUUUUAUUCAGCUUAAAGAAGUUUAAUUUGGCUGUUACGCGCACGCUGUGUUUCACUGCCUCUUGUACCUGGUUCAGAUAUUGAUAUAUUCCCUUUGUGUCU